AACAGAAAUCGUCGGGUUGAUUCGUAUAUUGCUUUGCACAAUGGUUUUAGUUUCUGCCAGUUAUUUGUGAUGAACGGAUGUCCGUUAUAGUCGAACAUUUAUCAAAAUCUAACUUUAAAUGGUGAUUUAUUGUUUAUGCUGGAAGUAAAUAAAGAACAUACGGUGUGUUACGGAUGUGCAGAAUCGAUUAUAUGUCAAAAGGAUAAAAGAAAUGGAUAAUUUUCGUGUUAGCUGGUGUUUGUAAUAAAAAAAAAAAUUAUUUCAAAUAAAACGAUUUCAACCUCGGGGAAAUUUAAAAAAAAAACGGUUGUGUGUUCAAUCAGUCUCGAACGUUAUAUUGAUACCGUGGAACGGAGGAUAAAUAUUCAUACUUUGAGUCGAGUGAAACGUUACGAGAAUUUUUCAAAAAAAAAAUAAUUUUAAAUUAAUUUGUGAAUCACCUUAACAUGUGGAUUACCGAAGGUGUUUCUAGUGUGCUUCUAAUUGAUUCGCUGUGAAUGUUGAAAUAUAAUGUAAAUCAAUAUAACGAAAUUCAAAUUUUAUCAUUGGAAAAAAUAAAACGUCACCCGAAGUGGUCUCCAUAAAGUGGUUAAAAUUAUUACACAUUUGCAUUUGGAUAUUGCGCAAAGUUUUUCGAUCAAAACGAAAAUGUUAACGUCAAGCAAUCAGUAUAUCAGACCGGAUUAUUUAGCACCAAUGCCGAAUGCACUGGAUGCCAAGAACAGCCCAUUAGCAUUAUUGGCACAAACAUGCAGUGCCAUCGGUUCGGAUGCACCAAAUGCGAAAUUAAUUUCGAACAUGGAAAAAAGCUCAAAGUCCCACAAAACCGACAACCGUGACAAAUCGUCGCCGGGCAGCCAGCACUCGUCACUGUCGAACAGCUCUAGUGAAAUUCAACAGAAAUCUAGCUUCAAACCGUACGAGUCGUCAUUUAGAGAACAAAGAACUGUAACGACACCGGAGGAUCGUUCAACGUCCGUGCAUCGAAUAAAAACACCGAAAACAUCCAGCACACCUAUGCAGUCAACGACAAACGGACGAUGUGAAUCAAACCAAAGUGCUUCAUCGCAACGUGCAUCUCCGGCAACGAAUUCGCGAAAAACGCCUUCAAAUUCAGAACAUAAUGCUAGUCCACAUCGUGCCUCAUCGAAAGAAUCGUCUAGUAUACCAAUAAGUAUGUCACAAGGCAGUCCAUUAUAUAGUUCAUCCAAGUUAUCCGAUUCGACACGCGAAUCGUCCGUCAGCUAUCCGAAAACCUCGUCGGCAAUUCCAGUAACAAGUUCAUCAGCUUUCUUCAGUGGUUACACGUCUCCAGGUCUUCCAUAUCCAAUGGAUUUAAUGGCGGCUAGUGCUUUAAUGUCACCACAUCACGCAAUGUUCAAAGCAGCAUCCAUGAAUCCAUAUUUGAAUUAUGCCCGAAUGAAAGUGCCUGGUGCAACGGACUCAAUGAUGCCUGUCUGUCGAGAUCCAUACUGUACGGGCUGUGCAUUGAGUCCACAUAUGAUGGGCAAAUCUCCCGGUACACCGUGCCCAGCCGGUUGUACGCAAUGUGACCACAGUAGCGCUUCAAAAUCGUAUGCAUCUCAACUAUCAGCCGCACAUGGACAAGUAGCUGCUGCGUACGCUCAUGCACAACUGGCCGCCCUGGCUGCAGCCUCUCAGUUGCCGUAUAUAUGUAAUUGGAUUGCCGGCGAUGCUGCUUAUUGUGGCAAGCGAUUCGGUACGUCCGACGAACUGUUGUCCCAUUUACGAUCGCACACAUCAUCGAUUCCGGAGGCUAUGCUAACACAAGCGGCAGCGACUGGCCUACCGCCAAAUCAUCCACUUUUCCAAAGAAACUAUCCCACACCACCGUUAAGUCCAGCAAGAUAUCAGCCAUAUCAUUUAAGUAAACCGUCCCUGAUGCCACCAUCAUUAGCUCCACCGCCGUCAUUAGCUGGAUUACCAAUGCCACAUCCAUCGUUAGCGCAAUACUUUUCGCCAUAUUCACUAUAUGGUCCACGAAUUGGCCAAUCACAUCCUUAGUAGUGUAUUUAUGACCGAGAAAAAAGAAAGAAAAGAAAUUUGAAAAGUCAACCGACCGAUUUUCUCGUUUUUUUUUUCUUUUCGAUUAAAUUUUCUUUUUCUUUUGAUUUCAUUUCGUUUUUUUAUUGUAAUUUAAUUUUGUUGCUCAUGUGCAUUUGUAUGUUAUACAGAGAAUGAAAAGACAUUUCUUCUACCCGUUUAUUUGAAACAAAACAAAAAUCUUACACUCAAAUUAUAACCAGCUCGUGAUAUGUGUAAAUUACAAAAUAAUUAAUAUAAUAAUUUCAUCCAAUUAUGAUAAAA